CACUAAACCUCAAACAAGACGAAGAAGAAAUCACUCCCGGAACGUUAGCCCUACUAUUUCUGUGUAGUUACAUGUCAGCUCUAGUAACAUAGAAAACAGAUAAUUUAAAGGUUUAUACAUACCCAUGGGGGGUAAAAACAAACAGCGAACUAAAGGAAAUGUUCGGCCGUCCAGCAGCGGCCGAGCUGCUGAGGUACUGACCCGAGAAGGUGGUGUCAUCCCGGGGUUCGUGGGCUUCGGCUCGACGGUCACUUCGGAGCUGAGUUAUGUGCCAGCUGUCCACGGCGCUGAGGACAUAGACAACCUGGUAGAUGCUGACUUCCGGUUGGUGCUUAGAAAACUCUCCAAGAGGGAUGUUGUCACCAGACUUAAAGCUGUGCAAGACUUUGGGUCCAUGUGUCAGGAGCGGGAUGCUGAAGAAGUCAAAGGGGUCCUCCCAUACUGGCCAAGGAUUUACUGCAAAAUAUCAGUGGAUCAUGACCGCCGCAUCAGAGAGGCUUCCCAGCAGGCCUUUGAACAGUUGGUGCUAAAAGUGCGUCGCAGCCUGGCUCCCUUCCUGAAGAGUUUGAUGGGCCACUGGAUUUUGUCCCAGUGUGACACCUACACACCUGCAGCCUCUGCUGCAUGCCAGGCCUUCCAGGCUGCCUUCUCACCCACCAAACAGCCCGAGGCUCUCAGCUUCUGCAAGGAUGAGAUCCUUACUGUGCUUCAAGAUAUUUUGUUAAAGGAAACAGCAGAUACACUGAGCGAUUCACAAAGUGUGACAGAAGAGGAGAGAGAUGCCAAAUAUGUGCGCAUGCUGACCAGUUCUCUGUUGGGGGUGAAGAGGCUGCUCUCCCUGCUGCAGCCGGAAGACAGGGUGGCCCUGGAGCAAAGACUAGCACAGCUUGUCAACUCUGGGAAGUUCUGGAAGUACAGCAAACACAAGACACCACAGGUCAGAGGGGCAUUUUUUGAGAUGGUGUGUGCUCUGUGUGAGUUCACUCCAGGACUGGUCCAAGCUGAAGCAGCACGACUCUGUCCUGCUGUUCUCCUCAGUAUUGACGACACAGAUCCUGUGGUGCUGCCUCCUGUGUGGGAAGCUGUUCUUCACGUUGUGUCCAUAAUCCCUGAUUGCUGGUCACAUGUGAAUGCCAAGAAAGGUUUCUUACCAAAACUUUGGGCUCUGCUAAAAGAAGGCGGCAAAGGCAUGGCUAAAGCACUUCAUCCUAAUCUAAUGCCGCUUCUCAGCAAACUUCCUCCACAGGUCACUGAUCCGAAUUUGGAUUUCUACACCACGUUCUUCACUGCAUUCGUACAAGGUCUGUCUAGUGAGCGCGCAGUGACAAGCCCAUCAGAAAGUGCAGUCAUAGUGACAUCUUUUGUUGAGUGCAUGAGGUACUGCAUAUUGCACAAUAUAGACAAAAAUGAGGACCAGAGGAAAAUAAGGACCAUGCUUAUUUCACAGCAGCUCCUACCUCUAUUAGAAGAGUCCCUCAGAAGUCCUUCUCUUCAGAAUGGUCCUCUUUUCCUUUUGGGCACCGAAAUGCUAAUUUCCUGGGAGAAGAGGGCAGGUUUACACAGUGAAGGUGAAGCAAAUGACAACAAGGAUGUAUUUCAAAGACUUCUGGUAGAUUUCUGGGAGGACCUUGGUCUGCUGCUUGUGCGCUAUGUUGACAAUGAAGAUGCAGAUCCACAGGCUUUGGAAGGAGUGGCCUCAUUGCUGCAGGUGAUGCGUUACCCUGAGAGGGUAAACAAAAGGCACGUCCACAAGAAGAAAUCUGUCAGGAUGUGUUUCUCUAAGCUGGAAGACAAUGAGAAAACUGGAGUUGAGGGGGAUGGUGUUGAGAAGCUUGUGCAGACAGUGUCAGAGCUUGUUAAUGAGAAGGCAUUUGGGUCCCUACAGACCCAGCAUUUUGAAGAUGUAGUGUGCCAGCUGGCACAGCUGUGCCUGGUGCAUGUGAAUGAGAAAAACUCAGAGAGACAUCUUGUUUUCCUCUCCCUUCUCCUGCGGUCUUUCCAUACACCCAGGAUCUUCAGUACUUUGGUUGAAGUGGAUGAUAAGAUAACAAAGGACGAUAAGCAGAGGGAUGAGGUGAUUAUGAAAAAUCCAGCGAUGCACUUCUUGCUGGAGCGGGUGGUGGUGUGGCUGGCAGAGAAGGAGCGCAGAGACACCGAACACCUGGUGGAGAUGGUCUUCAGCUCGCUCUACUGCUGCAGCAGGCAGGAGACCACCCGCAUCCUUAACCACCUCACAACGAUGGAUUUACAGUGGGGAAUUAUCCUUCAGAUUAUACAGAGGGCAUGUACGGAUCCUGAGACACUUCAGAGCUGUAGUGAUUGGCUGAAAGGGUCAGUUCUGGGUGAACAACUCCUGGGAUUGACUGAAGAGCUGUGCAAGGUGGGGAGCAGCUCUCACGGUUCCACCUCCUCUACAAGCAGCCACAGUUGGAUGCUUAUAAGCCUGGUUCUCUCUCAGCGCCACAACAAUGAGUCUCUGAUAGGAGAGGUGUACAUGGAGAAGAUCUUAGAGAAGCUCCACGCCACUUUAUUGGAGACUAAGAGUCUGUCAGAUGCAGGCAACAUGGAGCCGCUCAUCUCCUUCAUCUGUGAUGUGGCUUCCACGUUCUUCUCCUCUGUACAAGACUGUCUUCUACUAGUCUCUGCUGAGGAGCUCUUGCUCACUGUCUUUCAGCUCACUGCCCAAGAUCAAACACACACUCAUAUAUCCGACUCACUUUUAGAUAAGCUGAGGAAGGUGUGUGCAGCUGGAGUCCAGUCACUGGUCCAACACUGUGGCUAUGAGGUCAAUGAAGGCGGCUUUCUGCACAGCGCAGCCGUUUGGGUUACGAAGCAACUUCUCACCGUCUCUCUUGAUAUUAAAGGUUUACAGGUUCUAGUUCUGGCUGUACAAAGUCUAGUGGAGACCAUCAUCUCAGUCUGUGAUCGAGCCUCGGACAUCCUCAUCCAAUUCUUUACCCUCUUGAUGCCUAGCCAGACAGAAUGGACAAAAAUCAGGCUGGCCUUACCUCCUCAGUGGAUCAAAACCCCUUUACUGUCCAGCCGUCACAGAGGAGUCUGUGAAAAACCCUCCAUGGACAUCUGGAGGUUUAGGGAGUCAAACAGGCUGCCAGCCCACCUAUGUGCCUGUGCCCUCCUGGGGAAGGUGGCCCAGACUGCUGUGCGUAUACCUCGUGACCAAAAGGAUGCAGAGUAUCCUUCAUCCCUACCCGACCUCAAGUACACAGUUUCUGAAUUGCUUUAUGCACUGCAAUGGUGUAAGGAGGUAAAGUACAGCCCCACAACAGUGUCUGCCUAUCACAACCUACUGAGUGACUGGGGGCUGUCAGACGGACUCAGCAGCCAGGUUCCAAUGAAAACCCUGCUCGAGACACUCUACGCAAGAUCAGUGACUGAUGGAGGUCUGUGGUCGCUGGCUCUAGAAAACUACAUCCGCACCAACAAUUUGGCAGAUGGUCACCAUGCAGCUGUGAGGAAGCUGUGUGGUAGUGCAACCAGUUUGUUCCCAGUGUCUCAAAGCAAACUGAGCACGCUCCAGGUGCUCUGCCCCAUCAUGACACAAGAAGACAGAGAGACUCUUGUAGCUUUGGCCACAGCUGGAUUAGUGAACUGGCAAGAGAAUGAAGAUGUGUAUGGGUGUCUGGCGGUGCUGCUGUGCUGUCUACAAGCCAGCACACAAGUAGAGGAGGAGGUUGUGCAGGCUAUCCUGGCUACUGUGAUGGAAUGGAGGAACAGCAGGGAGGACUGGUUUCUCUUUAGCAGUGACCUUUCUAAAGCAACUGCAGAACAGCUGAACCUUAGUGUGGAGAUUAUGCGUUUCCUGUCCUGGCUGGUGACUCAUUGUCCGACAGUUCUUGGGGGAAGCCAGUGGGACUUCUUGCUGUGCUCUAUGUUAGCCUGGUUGGAGACUGCCAGUGAGAAUGUGUGCAGUUUAUGGAACCCAUGGGUGCAGCUGUUUGUGUGUGAGAACGCUGCAUUGAUAGUGAAGCUGAACCAGUUUUUCACAUCAUCUUCGCCCGAGUUGCUGGAGAAGCUGCCGUCAGAACUGGCUGGUGAAUGGACAGACUUCUUUGUAGAGGGAAUCUAUAACCUGCUGUUGCCUUUGCCUGUCAAGAUCACAGAUGCCUUCACUGAACCAGAUGACCCGCUGUUCCCUCUGGCGGUACUUCAGUCAGUUGGCGUGGCUCUGACAUAUGUGCCUGUACCGCAGCUAAACCAAAACUCCCUGCCACCUCGGUUCAUAGCGGACCAAAAGACAAACCUGCCAGAACCUCUUCAAACACUCCUCAACACUUUUUGCCCUCUGCUGCUAUUUAAGGCCAGACCUCUUCAGAUAACUGUCUACCACCUGCUGGAAAAAGUAAUGCCCCAGCUGCCUGAGUGUGAUGGAGAAGGAGACAGCAAUAAGUCUGAUGAUGACAGUGAUGAGCCAUGUCUUUCCCCUCCAGCUUCCCUGAUGGCCAUCCUGUCAACCUGCGAGGACUUGUGUGAUAAUAUCUUGGCAGCAGUUCAAGUGGGAGAGUUUGCAGUGGUCCAGCCUCUCAGUGUGGAGUACUCUUGCAUCCUGGGAUACUUGCUGGCUUGGAAGCUGCUUCUCACAUUUUUCAAAUCCUCGCCCUCCCAUCUGCGUGCCCAUUAUGCCCAGUAUCUUAAGAGAAGCUGCUCCCUUAACAAACUUCUACUCCACCUCUUCAAACUGAUGCCUGAGAACCCCGUCUAUCCCAGUCAUGGGUCAGAGACGAGGGAGACCAAAACCUUCUUUACAGAGGGCCUGUUUCUGGCUGUUGACAAGACUGAGGGUGUUGAGUGGGAGCUCCCUCACCUGGCUUGCAGUGUGUACUACAGCACAGUGCAAGACCUGCCGGCCAUGGUGCGGCUGUGGUGGAACGGCCAGGAAAAGAGAGUGAGCGCAGCCGUGGAGAAGUUCAUCAUUAAAUACAUCAGUCCCGUUCUCUCGGCCCAAGAGAUCUCCUUAGUCCACACCAGCACUCAGAUGUUUGAGAGCAUGACUGUCAAGGCCCGCUCAGCAGCGCGGGAGGUGAUUGCUACCUAUUCUGUGGAUGAUAUCUUCAUCGAGUUGGUGAUUCAGCUUCCACAGAACUACCCUCUAGGCUCUAUCACUGUAGAGAGUGGGAGGCGUGUGGGUGUUGCUGUCCAGCAGUGGAGGAACUGGAUGCUGCAGCUGAGCACCUACCUGACACAUCAGAAUGGCAGUAUAAUGGAGGGCCUGGCUCUGUGGAAGAACAAUGUGGAUAAGCGUUUUGAGGGAAUAGAGGACUGUAUGAUCUGCUUCUCUGUUAUACAUGGCUCCAACUACUCCCUGCCCAAGAAGGCUUGCCGCACCUGCAAAAAGAAAUUCCACUCAGCAUGUUUGUACAAAUGGUUCACUUCCAGCAACAAGUCCACCUGCCCACUCUGCAGAGAAACCUUCUUUUAACGUCCGGUAUGUCAACCUUGGCUGAAAGGAUAAUGGUUUUUUAAUGAACCAGGACUGGAUCGAUUGUGAUUACAUGAAGAAGAUUCUUGCUAAAUGUCAUCUAUUUUAAGGUCCAAUUUAUAAGAUCACUGAAUUAAAGGCAUUGCUGUUAAAAAUCUUGUGCUAAAAUCAUUGUGAUUGUUAUGAUUUCACAAGAUUGUAUAUUGACUUCACAAGAUUAUGAAUUGUGGGUUGAUUAGCUCCCAAUGGUUGUUUGUCAGUGCUUUACUUUACUGUAUAUACUCUGCAUCAAUAGCUCCCUGCUGAUGUUUUUCUGUUGUGUUUCUAUCUUCUUUUCUAAGCUCAAUGUUUAAGAGGCUGAGUCGCAAAGUUGGUCAACUUGAGCUGGUCAUGUGCCUCAGUCAUAUACAAGCACCUGGUGAAAUUAGCAGUUUCCUAAACUAAAAAAAACAGAUGUUUGAUUAUACUUUCAUCAAUUUUUCCUAAUAUUUAGGAGUGGAAAGACAUUAUGUCUGAUUAGUGACAUGCAUUUCAACCACAGACAGCAGGAAAGAGGAAUUCUUGAAGAAGUUAAUAAAUGUCAAAAUGCCUACAGUCAUACAUAUCAAAACCCAGUGGCAUGUGUCUUCCUUUGUGCCUGCAUACAGCUGUAACUGAUGUUGCAAAGCAAAUAAAAUUCAACUCAAUGGAUAUUA